AUGUGGAUCCAAGACCACUUCAAGCCGCGACCCUCCGAUAUUUUCUUAGCCACGUCCCCGAAAAUCGGCACCACUUGGCUCAAGGCACUUAUUUUCACCACCGUCAACCGCACUCGCUACCGUAUCUCCGACCACCCUCUGCUCACCACUGGCCCUCACAAUUGCUUCCCUUUCUUGGAUACUUACGUAGAGGGAAACAAUCGGUCUUUACACGAACUUGAUGUGUUGCCUUCACCACGUAUCCUCUCAACCCAUCUCCCUUUCGGUUUGUUACCGAAUCCCAUGACAGAUGAUCGAAGUUGCAGAGAAGUUUCUGAUAUGAAAAUUAAGGAAGGUAUUUGGGGGCAAGGGAAUGAUAAAUCCCUUGGUCCAAAUGGCUAUAAUCCUUAUUUUUUCAAGAGAGCAUGUCCAAUUAUUGGUGAAGAUUUCAAGACUGCCAUCAAUUACUGUUUUGAUGAAUCCUUUAUUCUCCCAUCAUUUAAUGUAACAGCUGUAGUCCUUGUGCCUAAAGUGCCUAAUCUGAACACAAGUGCAUUUGUUAAGGGGAGGAGCAUAGUAGAUAACACUCUUCUUGCUCAAGAGAUAGUUAGGGAUUAUGGCAGGAAAAAUAAUUUCCCAAGGUGUGCUAUGAAAAUUGACUUACAAAAAGCAUUUGAUUCACUAAUUUGGGAGUUUGUUAGUGUCAUUCUUUAUGCUCUGGGUUUGCCUGAGAAAUUUAUUGGUUGGAUUUGGGCUUGUUUCACAACCCCUAACUAUUCUAUUAUGUUUAAUGGGAGUCUUGUUGGCUACUUCAAGGGUACUAGAGGAGUUAGACAGGGUGACCCUAUUUCACCCUACCUCUUUGUCCUUGCAAUGAAUAUACUGUUUGGGUUGUUGAAUGUAGCUACUUUGAAGAGAAGUUUCAAGUUCCACCCUAAAUAUGUCUUCUAUUCGAUAUCGGGGUUAAACCUUAAUGCUACCAAAUGUGAGGUCUAUACUGCUAGGAUAACUGCUGAACAAUGUAAUAUAAUUCAAGAGAUUACUAGCUUUAAGCUCGGGGUGCUUCCUGUGAGAUGUCUUGGAGUUCCUCUGGUGACAAGAAAGCUUGCAGUGAAGGACUGCCAAUGCCUGAUUGAUAAGAUUAGUGCUAAAUUGAAUUCGUGGGUUAAUAGGUAUUUGAGCUUUGUUGGUAGGCUGCAGCUUAUCUGA